UCCAGCAGCUGAUCGGUAAUCCAGAAGAAGUUUCCCCUCAGUUAGGGGGGAGCUCCACUUUGAAGCAGGAGACUCCACAACCACCCUGCAUUAAAAAGGAAGAGGAGGAACUCUGCAUCACUCAGGAGGGAGAGUGUCUUCUAGGACGAGAGGAAGCUGAUUACACCAAGUUUCCACUGAGUAUUCUCUCUGUGAAGAUUGAAGAUGAUGAAGAGAAACCACAAGUAGACAAUCUCUUAGCUCCACUAUCAGAUAGUGAGGCUGAAGACGAGGUUGAAGAACCUUUGAGCAGCGAUACAGACUGUGAAGGUGAUAUGAGGACUCACACUGACAACAAACACUGCUUUUCAAAGAAGAGAGGUAAAAAAUGUUUGAGCUGCUCAGUUUGUGGCAAAAGCUUUUCUCGAAAUAGCAGUUUAACUCGACACAUGAGAACACACACAGGUGAAAAACCAUUUAGUUGUUCAGUUUGCGGCAAAAGCUUUUCUCUAAAUAGUUCAUUGACGCAACACAUGAGAACACACACAGGUGAAAAACCAUUUAAUUGUUCAGUUUGUGGGAAAAGCUUUUCCCGUAAUAACUGUUUGGCACAACACAUGACAACACACACAGGUGAAAAACCAUUUAAGUGUUCAGUUUGUGGCAAAAGCCUUUCUCUAAAUACUUCAUUGACACAACACAUGAGAACACACACAGGUGAAAAACCAUUUAAUUGUUCAGUUUGUGGGAAAAGCUUUUCUCGUAAUAACCAUUUGACUUCCCAUAUGAGAACACACACAGGGGAAAAACCAUUUAAGUGUUCAGUUUGUGGCACAACAUUUUCUUUAAAGAGGAGUUUGAUUGAACACAUGGGAACACACACAGGUGAAAAACCAUUUAGUUGUUCAGUGUGCGGCAAAAGCUUUUCUCUAAAUUGUUCGUUGACCAAACACAUGACAACACACACAGGUGAAAAACCAUUUAAGUGUUCAGUUUGUGGCACAACAUUUUAUUUUAAGAUGAAGUUGACUGAACACAUGAGAACACACACAGGUGAAAAACCAUUUAGUUGUUCAGUUUGCGGCAAAAGCUUUUCUCUAAAUUGUUCGUUGACAAAACACAUGACAACACACACAGGUGAAAAACCAUUUAAUUGUUCAGUUUGUGGGAAAAUCUUUUCUCUUAAUGACUAUUUGACUUCCCACAUGAGAACACACACAGGUGAAAAACCAUUUAAGUGUUCAGUUUGUGGGAAAAGCUUUUCUCUUAAUGACUAUUUGACUUCCCACAUGAGAACACACACAGGUGAAAAACCAUUUAGUUGUUCAGUGUACGGCAAAAGCUUUUCUGUUAAGAGCACUUUGAUUGAACACAUGCGAACACACACAGGUGAAAAACCAUUUAAGUGUUCAGUUUGUGGCACAACAUUUUCUGUUAAGAUUAAGUUGACUGUACACAUGAGAACACACACAGGGGAAAAACCUAAUAAGUGUUCCCUUUGUGGCAAAAGCUUUUCUGUUAGGAGCACAUUGACUCGACACAUGAGAACACACUGGAGAAAAAACAUUUAGUAAUAAUGCAGACGCAGUAAAACACAUAAGAACACACAAAAUAAUCAAUUAGCUGUUUAGUUUGUGGUAUGUUGCUCAUAUGUGGUGACAUCCACCCUACCCAGGACCUCCUCACUGCUUCUUUCACAAAUAUCUGAGGUAUUCAUACAAACUUGGAUUAUUUGGAGCAUAAUCUUAUCUACUCAUGACCCCAUGUCUUCUCUGUAUCUGAAACCUUCCUGAACAGUAAGAUAGAUGAUGCUUCAAGUGCUUGGUUACUCCUUCUUCAGUCCAGGGACCUGGGGCCUCAUGUGUCAAGUUUGUGCACGCUCAAAAACCUGCACUACACCCUUUUUCACUGCAAAGUUGAGAUGUGUCAAAACUGACGUUGACACAUAAGUGAUGCUGGGUAACUGUUUGCAUAACAAACUGACAACUUUUACUCCUCAGACUUAAUGAUGUGCAAAUCAGAGACAUAUGAACAAUUAACACAAGCACAGCUUUUAUUUUUCUAUCAAUACACAUUAUGUCUAGAAGACAGGAAGUAACUCAACACUCUUGAAUAGUUUCUUCCUCAGUUUGUAUGGUUUGUUGAGUUAGCACAGGAUUAAUAUGUGGAAAUGACAAAUGAGUUAGUUGAUACAUAGAAUAGUUUUUAUUUGUGCUUUAUUUUGUUUUUUGUUCAAUCCUAGAUGGGUUGUGACUUAAAGUUGAAUUGCUUUGUAGAAACACUGAGAUUAAGUCUAAGUUCAUUGUGUUCUUCAAGGUGUUUUUGAAAAUGCACCAUUUUUUUCCUCUUAAUGUUCAACUAACUUGAAGUGUUUUGUCAAGAGGAUUAUUUGUAAUAUGUUCUAUU